AUGUGCCCACUGUUCCUUGCGGGGCAAUGUAGAGCCAACGAGAAGUGCCGCUACGCGCACAGCGCGCAAGAGUUACGCAAGGCAUCUGUCGCAUCCGCGCUGUUCCUGCAGAAGCACCCAUGUCGGCAGCUUCAGGCAGAUGCGAGCAGUGUUGGAGCCGCCACUGUGGCUCCUGCUGGAGUUAAAACCACAGAAGAUGCACUUUUGGUGGAGACGGGAGCCGAGAGCACUGCCGAUGACACAGGUACCAUCGCAUCUCCGAGCAGCGCUGUCACAGCGGCAUGUUCCAUGAACACGGAAGUACCUGCAAAGUUCACGCUUCGGUAUCCUUUAGCAAAAUCAGGUAUGGCGACGCCCGCACGUUCGAGUACGCGCCGUCCUCACAGCGGUAUUCUUCUCCAAAGACGUAUCAUGCCGUCGGUGUUUCUCUGCUCGGCAUCGGCCGGAGGGUCCGUACGGAAGCAGUCUUGUUCUGAAAGGGACAGUGGUUCUUUUUCACAUCCUGGCAGUCCCAAAGGCUCGGUAGCUCCAACGUCCCAAGUGUCAUCGCCGCAAGGCAGUGGGCGGCAGAUUCAGGCCAUCGCUCGUCUUUAUUGCGCUUCACAGCCCCCCCCUCCGCCGGACCUGACGCCUCCCCCAGCCGUGCUUCCGGAUAGGAGGGAAACAAGCGUUUUGUCGCAGCCGAGCGCGACUGAGGAGUGUGAGGGAAACAAGGAAGGACAUCCGGGCACCGUUACGUGCUCCGACGAAAGCGAUAGCCCCAGCACUGAUAAUGCGUUACAGAAAUCUGGAGGUAGGAAAGGACGAGACGAGUCUGGGCAAUCCCUCUCGCGCAGAGGCACGUCGUGUAGUAGCUCUCGAACGAGUGUGUCCUCUCUGGCCUUGUCACGAGAAAACACUGUAGGACAGCUUGGGGUGUGUGCUAUGCACGCUGAAAUACGGGGAGACCGGAAGGUGGGAGAGGAGCAGGGUGAACAGGGCAUGUCAUCGUGCGUCCUCGGAACGCGGGGACCUCCGGAAGAGAUGGUACGUGGAACAGCCGUCAAUAAAUCUGGUGUAAAGGUGCUAUCAGUAUCUAUCUCGGAGGCGCCUGAGGGGACAGAGAAUGAGGAUGUUUUUUCACCUGCAACAGACGGCGAAGAAACAGCACAACGCGUUCCGUCACCAGCAGGGAUGUGGGUGGCGCGAUCAUCAGUUGCAGAGGGAAAGCCUUCUGGAAGCGUUCCUCCCCUCGCUUUAACGCCACCAUCUGCCAAGCGCGAGCACGAAAGCGUGAGUCCGAGUGGAGGGGAACUUUGUUCAGAAGCGGAGUCAUCUGGCCAGGAGCGAAUGUCAAAAGCCAGGUGGCUCGAGCAGCAGCAUACUCCGCACGCCGGCCCAAAUGACAAGGUGCCCUUUCAAUGGCAUUGGCGGUGUGUAGGUGCUCGUAACCGGAACAGGGGUCCAACCUCCACCGUUCCAUCGGUGUGGCUGGUACAAGACCGAUCUAGACGUUGCCACGAAUCAGCGGCACCGAGCAAUGCGAGUGCUGCUGCUGUUUCCAUCGGCAGACGAUUUGGACCGGAGCAGGGAGUGGAUCAGUACCUCUCACGACGUUGCGAAAAUCUGCAGGGUUCGUUGAGGAAACAUGGAACGUAUCCUUUGGCGACGGGCAGCAGCCCGACCAGCGUGAGGCAGCAUCACCCCCGGCAGCCGGCACCGACAUACGUUCGUCCGGUGUUUUCCGCGCUUCCAUCAGAGCAGCAACAAGGGCACGCGUGGAGCUUCGUUCAGACGGGUGGAUAUCCAGGCACAUCCACCCCAGGCUCUUGGACGUACCAAUAUGAAGGCUUUCCAGGGAGCACGGUGUACCGGUGCGAGCAAAGCUUGCCGUCCUUCCCGUACGUGCCGGACAGCCGGUUGGUUUCUCCAGAUUCGUGCAUGUCGCGUACAAGUUUCAGUCCUCAAAGCAGCGGUAGCACCGUUGCCACCCCACACGGGGUACCUGCUGCGCCGUAUGCCUCGCCGGCUGGUGGAUCGGUUCUGACGGCGUGUCAAAGCCAGAAUUGCAGCUUGUCUUUGACGCUCGGCACAAUGGCGGAGAAGGCAGGAAAAGUCACCUUCAAAAUCACUCUGGCCUCGGACUCCAAGCAGCCCUUCAAGGUGCUCUCGGUUCCUGACGCGACCCCGUUCUCUGCCGUCAUCAAGUUCGCUGCAGAGGAGUUCAAAGUGAGCGCCGCGACUUGCGCGUGCAUAACGAACGACGGCGUGGGAAUCAACCCCCAGCAGUCAGCGGGAGUUAUCUUCCUUAAGCACGGAGGCGAGCUGAGGUUGAUUCCUCGUGACCGCGUCGGGUCCUGUCUCUGA